GGGAGCGCCAAUAUUCGCGCCAUAAGAUCUCCCCGGUGUCUAUUGUAGAUCGGACGGUCAACACAGGACCGAUCCUUCAUCGGCCUCUUCCCUAUAAAUAGACGAGCUUCGAUCCUUGAUUCGACGGUGCUCGGCUUCAUCCGCGUUCGGUUUCGGGGCGGUGAAGAGGCGAAUAACCAGCCAUGUCGAUGCUCGAUGCUUUCUUCAACAAGGGCUUCAGAGGAGCGAAAUGCAAAACGCUGCUGAAGCUGACAAUUCCGAGAAUAAGGUUGCUGCGGAAUAGACGGGAGAUUCAGCUGAAGCAGAUGCGGAAGGAUAUUGCCAAGCUUCUUGAGGAUGGUCAAGAAGCCACCGCCCGGAUUCGGGUGGAGCACAUCAUCCGGGAGGAGAAUAUGAUGGCAGCGCAGGAGAUCCUCGAGCUGUUCUGCGAGCUGAUCGCUGUCCGCCUUCCCAUAAUAGAAUCGCAAAGGGAAUGUCCUUUAGACUUGAAAGAAGCAAUUUCCACUAUUUGUUUUGCUGCACCGAGAUGUGCGGACCUGCCUGAACUUCAGCAGGUGCAAAUGUUAUUUGCUGCUAAAUAUGGCAAGGAAUUUGCGACAGCAGCAACUUAUCUCUUGCCAGAUUGUGGAGUUAAUCGCCAGGUAAUUGAACUGCUGUCGAUUCGGGUUCCUUCAGUUGAAACAAAAAUGAAGUUGUUAAAGGAAAUUGCCGAGCAACAUGAGUUAGAUUGGGAUCCGUCUGUCACCGAAAACGAGUUCCGCAAGCCGCACGAGGAUUUAUUGGUCAGUCAAGGCUAUUAUACUUUAUGGUUAAAGUCAUAUUCUUCAUCGACUAAUAUCAUACUUGUUUUGCCUCCGAAUGGACCAAACCAUGUCACAAAUGGAUCGUCAUUGCCUCUUCCGCCACAGAAACAUGAUGAACAUGAUGAUGCAUUAUCUUCCGACCAUACAGAUGAGUCUCAUAUUGAACCUGGUUCGGAUGCAGAUGUAGAUUCCUUGGAUCUUCCUAAAGUUCCAAAGUCUAUUUCAAGUGAGGAUAUGGCACAAGUUCCACCUGUGGAACCUGCUGUAAGUGACACAGAGCCAUCAAGUACUUCCUCACCAAAUCAAUCCAAUGCUGUUAUCACGGCAAACAAACAAUUCAUCCCAUUUCUUAGCCCCCCACCUCUUUCUUCUUUUUCUGCCCCUCCAAAGCAAAAUGAGUUUUCUGAUCCUACAUCGCUCUCUUCUACAAGUCAGCCAGCCCCCUCCCCACCAACACCAUAUUCAAUAUCACCAUCUCCAAAUGGAGGUGAAUGUGUUCUUCCUCCACCACCAUUGUCUUCUUUUUCAGACUAUCAGGCUCAAAAUGAACCAGCUUCCUCUCAUCCAUCCUUCUCUUCCCGGGCAAAAUGUGAGAUAGAUGUGGACUUACAGGAUGUGUUAACUGCUGCCCAGUCUGCAGCUGAAACCGCAGAACAUGCAGCUAUUGCAGCACGAGCAGCUGCAAACCUUGCUCAGGUUAGACUUACUGAUCUCCUCGCAAAAUCAGAAAAUAGUGGAAAUGAAUCUCACGGCGAAGGCUUUGAGGAACAAACGGAUUUGGCAAAUCCGAUCUUCCAUCAUCAACAGUAUUCUUUCGGCAAUAAUGAGAAAAGUACUGACUAUGGACAGGGCCAGAUAUGGGAUUCACCAACUCAUAGAUCUCAUGAACCUCAAAGCUCACCUGUUAGUGAGGACGAAUCAUAUCUCUCAUACCCCAACUUGUUCGCAUCUAAAGACUCCGAUCUCAAGUCAGAUAUUCACGAUUGAUCGAAUGGUUCGAUAUCUUUUUAUAACUCAUAUUAGGGAUAACAGUAUAUACUGCCACUUUAUGUUUCUAUCGUGUUGCAGUUUAAAACAGACUGAGAGGUUGUACACAUCUGAUGUUAUAUAUACGUCCAGCGAAUGAAUGUGACUAUGUUGAUGCAAUCAA